GGGCCGUGGAGGAGGGGGAAGUGCGGGUCGGCUAGGUCCAACCCUCUGCUUUUAAGUUCUGCAAAAGCCGCUCGCUCUGGAGGCUGCAGACCCUCCUUGCACCUCCUCCUUGGUUCUCAAGUGCCACCAAAGGCCUGAUGACAGCCACUCAGAGUGGAGCCACAUCCCGGCAGCUGCAGUUCCUCCAGGAGAGGCACUGGGGGCUGAUGAAGUGGACGGUGUCUGCUGCCAGCACCCUUUGCCAGUACAGUGGUCUGGAAGCGAGGCCUUGGGCAGCUGCUUGUGAAAGCUAAGAACUAGCCGGGGUGGAGUGUAUGUCAGUGCGGCCUUUGACCUUGACCUUUGACCUUGACCCUCGCGAGACCUUCAAAGGUGCACUAGUGUCCAGGGCGUGCUAAACAUGGCUGGGAAGACGCCUGCACCACCCACAGGCCGUGGCCUGCGGCCUCUGCUCUCCCUGCCCCACUGAGCCCACUGCGUCUGGAGCCCCCUGGAUGAUACCUGCUUCCUAAUGCUGCAACUGUGCUGCUGUCCAUAGCGAUGGUGAAGAACUGGACUCUGCAGGCUCACUACCUUCAAGUGCACUUUCGGGGGCCAACACCCUUUGUCCCAGGACUGGUGGGCCUGAACAAUGGCUGAAGGCCAGGGGACCCCAUAGAGUUGCACCUCAACUUCCAGGGGCAAGCAGCACUCCAGCGCCCGAGGACUAUGACCACCUACCGGCCCCUUCCUAACGAUGGUGUGGACCUGGCUGCCAGCUGUGGAGCCAGGAGCACCGAUAUCCUCCCUGGGGACUACACUCCCAUGGGAUUCUGGGCCCAGAAUGGCAGCAUGUCCCAGCCUCUUGGUGAGAGCCCAGCCACUGCCACUACCCGCCCUAGCCCCACCACCCCUGCCAUGCCCAAGAUGGGAGUGCGUGCCAGAGUGGCUGAUUGGCCACCCAAGCGAGACGCCCUGAGAGAGCAAAGCAAUCCCAGCCCCUCACAGGACACAGAUGGUGUGAAGACCACCAAAGUAGCCCAUUCCAUGAGGAACCUACAGAACGGACAGCACCCCUCCAGCACCCCAGCCUCCUCAGGAUCCAGGGCCUUCCAUCGACUGUCCAGGAGAAGGUCCAAAGAUGUAGAAUUCCAGGACGGGUGGCCCCGGUCCCCUGGCCGGGCCUUCCUCCCUCUGAGACAUCGGAGCAGCAGUGAGAUUACCCUCAGUGAGUGUGAUGUAGAGGAACCCGGAGAUCCGAGGGGGACCCGGCACCCAGGGGUGCUGCCCCUCUUCCGAGAGUAUGGCAGCACGUCCUCCAUCGAUGUUCAGGGUGUACCAGAGCAGAGUUUCUUUGACAUCCUCAAUGAGUUUCGAAGCGAGCAGCCGGAGGCGCGGGGCUCCCGGAACCUCAGCGAGCUCCUGCGGGUGGACCCCGGCGCCCUCUCAGGGGGCAGCUGUGGGGCAAAGGGAGACCCCCGCAACGGCCAGUCCACCAAAGACAGUCUCCAGAGUCUACAGCCUCUCAAGGAGAAGGAGAAGGCCCGGAAGAAACCCAUCCGGGGCCUGGGGAGUGGGGACACUGUGGACUCGUCCAUCUUCAGGAAACUGAGGAGCAGUAAGCCCGAGGGGGAAGUGGGCCGGCCUCUGGGAGAGACUGAGGAAGGUCGAAGCCCCCCAGAAGCCAGCAGGCCAUGGGUCUGCCAGAAGAGCUUUGCCCAUUUUGACGUGCAGAGCAUGCUGUUUGACCUCAACGAGGCAGCUGCCAACAGGGUGUCCGUGGCCCAGAGGCGCAACACCACCACUGGGGCCUCAGCCGCUUCGGCUGCCUCAGCCAUGGUGACGCUCACAGCAUCACGGGCCCACAGCCUGGGGACUCUGGACCCAGCCUUCACCAGCACGGAGGAUUUGAACUGUAAAGAGAACCUGGAGCAGGACCUGGGGGACGACAAUAGCAACGACCUGCUACUUAGCUGCCCGCACUUUCGCAAUGAGAUUGGGGGGGAGCGAGAACGUAACGUCAGCUUCUCCCGGGCCUCUGUGGGUUCCCCAGGGGGCAGCAGCGAGGCCCACAUGGUUGAGCCCACCCUGAGCACCCACCGUACAAAUGCCAGCAUCUCGGUGCUGGAAGUACCCAAGGAGCAGCAGAGGACACAGAGCCGGCCCAGGCAGUACAGCAUCGAGCACGUGGACCUGGGCGCCCGCUACUACCAGGACUACUUUGUGGGCAAAGAGCAUGCCAAUUACUUUGGCGUGGAUGAAAAGCUGGGCCCCGUGGCCGUAAGCAUCAAGCGGGAGAAGCUGGAGGACCAUAAGGACCACGGACCUCAGUACCAGUACAGGAUCAUCUUCCGGACUCGAGAGCUCAUCACACUCCGGGGCUCCAUUCUAGAGGAUGCCACACCUACAGCCACCAAGCACGGGACGGGGCGGGGCCUGCCCCUGAAGGAUGCGCUGGAGUACGUCAUCCCAGAGCUCAACAUCCACUGCUUACGAUUGGCUCUCAACACUCCCAAAGUCACGGAGCAGCUGCUGAAGCUGGAUGAGCAGGGGCUGUGCCGGAAGCACAAGGUCGGCAUCCUGUACUGCAAGGCGGGCCAGAGCUCAGAGGAGGAGAUGUACAACAACGAGGAGGCCGGCCCUGCCUUCGAGGAGUUCCUGGACCUCCUGGGUGACAAGGUCUGUCUGAAGGGCUUCACCAAGUAUGCCGCCCAGCUGGAUGUCAAGACGGACUCCACGGGGACACACUCCCUCUACACGACGUACCAGGAGUACGAGAUCAUGUUCCACGUCUCCACCCUGCUCCCAUACACUCCCAACAACAGGCAGCAGCUCCUGAGGAAGAGGCACAUAGGGAAUGACAUCGUGACGAUCAUCUUCCAGGAGCCCGGCGCCUUACCUUUCACCCCUAAGAACAUCCGCUCGCACUUCCAGCACGUCUUCAUCAUCGUGCGCGUCCAUAACCCCUGCACUGAGAAUGUCUGCUAUAGCAUGGCUGUGACCCGAUCCAAAGACGCCCCUCCUUUUGGCCCUCCAAUCCCUAAUGGAACCACAUUCCGCAAGUCUGACGUCUUCAGAGACUUUUUGCUAGCUAAGGUAAUUAACGCUGAGAACGCUGCUCACAAAUCCGACAAAUUCCAUACGAUGGCCACCAGGACCCGUCAGGAGUACCUGAAGGACCUAGCUGAAAACUGUGUCUCCAACACCCCCAUCGACUCCUCCGGCAAGUUCAACCUCAUCUCCCUGACCUCCAAGAAGAAGGAGAAGACAAAGGCCAGGGCAGGUGCAGAACAGCACAGUGCCGGGGCCAUCGCCUGGCGGGUGGCAGCUCAGGACUAUGCCCAGGGCUCAGAGAUUGACUGCAUUCUGGGGAUUUCCAAUGAGUUUGUCGUGCUCCUGGACCUGCGCACCAAGGAGGUGGUAUUCAACUGCUACUGCGGGGACGUCAUUGGCUGGACCCCAGACUCCUCCACAAUUAAAAUCUUCUACGGCCGAGGGGACCACAUAUUUCUACAGGCUGCAGAGGGCUCUGUGGAGGACAUCAGGGACAUUGUCCAGAGGCUAAAGGUAAUGACCAACGGCUGGGAGACCGUGGAUAUGACCCUGCGGCGGAACGGCCUGGGCCAGCUGGGCUUCCACGUGAAGUAUGACGGCACCGUGGCUGAAGUGGAGGACUAUGGGUUUGCCUGGCAGGCUGGCCUCCGGCAAGGCAGCCGACUGGUAGAGAUCUGCAAGGUGGCGGUGGUGACACUAAGCCACGACCAGAUGAUCGACCUGCUGCGCACCUCCGUCACUGUGAAGGUGGUGAUCAUCCCACCCUUUGAGGACGGCACUCCCCGACGGGGGUGGCCAGAGACCUAUGAUAUGAAUACUUCGGAACCCAAGAUGGAGUCAGAAACCACCACCCCUGGGGGCCGACCCCCCUACCGCAGCAAUGCUCCCUGGCAGUGGAGCGGGCCUGCCUCUCACAACUCUCUGCCGACCACCAAGUGGACCACCCCUGCCACUCCGGGCCAUGCCCAGUCCCUGAGCCGACUCCCAAAGCAGACACCCAUGGUGCCCUUCCGAGAGUCCCAACCACUGCACAGCAAGAGACCUGUCAGCUUCCCAGAAACCCCUUUUGCAGCGUCACCAGCAGGGGCCGACAGAGUCCCUCCCUAUCGACAGCCUUCCGGGAGCUUCUCCACCCCAGGCUCUGCCACCUACGCAAGAUACAAGCCCGCUCCUGAAAGGUAUGCAGCUGCCCCGCAUCCCCUACUGUCAUUUGACCCUCACUUUAUCCACGAUGGCAUGUCCAGUGGUGACUCCUCGUCAGGUGGCCUGACCAGCCAGGAAAGCACCAUGGAGCGCCCAAAACCAGAACCUCUGUGGCACGUGCCAGCCCAGGCCCGGCUCUCCGCAAUGACUGGAAGCACUGGCAGCAAGCAUCCCUCCAGGCAGGACGCAGCUGGCAAAGAUUCUCCCAAUAGGCAUUCCAAAGGUGAACCUCAGUACUCAAGCCAUUCCAGCAGCAAUACCCUCUCCAGCAAUGCCUCCAGCAGCCAUAGUGACGACCGAUGGUUCGACCCCCUGGACCCGCUGGAGCCAGAGCAGGACCCCUUCUCCAAGGGAGGUUCGAGUGACAGUGGCAUCGAUACCACACUCUACACCUCCAGCCCCAGUUGUAUGUCCCUAGCCAAAGCACCGAGGCCCACCAAGCCGCACAAGCCCCCCGGAAGUAUAGGUCUCUGUGGCGGGGGCAGAGAGUCAGCCGGGAGGCCCCACCCUGCGGACAGACGGCGGGAAGUCUCCCCUGCACCUGUGGUGGCCAGCCAGAACAAGGGCUACCGGCCGAAGCUGUACUCCUCAGGCUCCAGCACUCCUCCCGGCCUGGUGGGGGGCAGCCGAGACCCACCAAGACAACCCAGUGACAUGGGCUCCAGGGCCGGCUACCCGACUCAGGUUUACAAAACAAGCAGUGCAGAGACUCCCCGGCCCUCCCAUCCCUCUCAAUGCAGCCCUUUCCAGCUCUCCACGUCGGUCCCCAAGUCUUUCUUCUCCAAGCAGCCUGCACACAGCAAGCAUUCGUCAGGAUGGAAGAGAGCGGACGAUCCCCCACCACGGCCACUCCCCUUCGCUGAGAGCAAGAAGCAGGUGGACGCCAAUGCAAAAAACGUCUUUGGUCAGCCACGGUUGAGGGCAUCCCUGCGAGACCUCCGGUCCCCACGGAAGAACUACAAGUCAACCAUCGAGGAUGACCUAAAAAAGCUUAUCAUCAUGGAUAACCUGGGGCCAGAGCAGGAUCGGGACAUGGGGCAGUCCCCCCAGAAGAGCCUGCAGCGAACACUGUCGGAUGAGAGCCUGUGUAGUGGGCGCCGGGAGCCCAGCUUCGCCAGCCCUGCCAGCCUGGAGCCCGGCCUACCCAGCGAUGUGCUCUUCACCAGUACCUGUGCCUUCCCCUCCAGCACUCUGCCCGCCCGCCGCCAGCACCAGCACCCCCACCCACCCAGCGGGGCACCCAGCACCGGUCCAGCCACUGGCAAUGGCUUCCCAGAGAAGAAAUCCGCCAUCUCCACCUCGGAGCUCUCACUGGCUGAGGGACGGGACCGACCCCUGCGGCGACUUGACCCUGGGAUGAUGCCACUACCGGACACAGCCGCUGGCCUUGAGUGGUCCAGCCUGGUGAAUGCAGCCAAGGCCUACGAAGUACAAAGAGCUGUGUCACUCUUCUCUCUGAACGACCCAGUCCUGAGCCCAGAGAUCCCUCCUGCACACAGCCCUGUGCACAGCCAUCUGAGCCUGGAGCGGGGCCCCCAGACCCCAAGAACCACUCCCACCAUGAGUGAGGAGUCACCCCUGGAUCUGACAGGCAAGGUGUACCAGCUGGAGGUGAUGCUGAAGCAGCUGCACACGGACCUGCAGAAGGAGAAGCAGGAUAAGGUGGUGCUGCAGUCAGAGGUGGCCAGCCUGCGGCAGAACAACCAGCGACUGCAGGAGGAGUCACAGGCCGCCAGUGAACAGCUGCGCAAGUUCGCCGAGCUCUUCAGCAAGGAAAAGAAGGAACUCUGAGUUCCCCUGGGCUCGGCCCCCAGUCCGCCCCGGCUGGCAGGCAGUGGGCUUCUGGUUGCAGGGGUGACAGGUCAUCCAGCCACAGCCCCGCACCCACUGCCCUGCAACCUUCCUUAGGGACUCGGGAACUCCAAGCACUAUGUCUCAGGCCCCUCUCAGCUGCUCCCUGCCACCCUGCAGGCCACAGUAGCCCAUUCCUAGGACCCAGCCUCCUGGAGCUGUGUCAGUGGGAGGGGCCCAGGAGCCCCUGCAUGAGAACUAUGGACCGAAGUGAGCCCUUUCUUCCCCACUCCUGACACUCCAGGGCUCCUGUCUCCCCAGUGUACUGGCUCCAGGUAGCAUGGAUACCACCCUCUGAGCCCCCCUUCAACACAGCAGCCAGGAGCACUUUCAUAGAGUUUAAAUUAUUUUCCUGGGGUCCCAGAUGGACAGGAACCGCUAGCACCCAGAUCCACUCCUUUGAGAAACCCUAUUUGUACAGCUAGGACUGUUUAUAUGAUCUUUUUAUCAGCUUCUCUCCAGGCAGCCACAGGCCCCUCUACCUUUGAGCUGCUGAUCUGGCCAGCCAUGGGCUCUUCCCCUGGGACAACUAGGCCACUGUCUCCUGCUCUGAGGAGCCUGGGGACGGGGCUGAGGCAUAGCCUCCACCCCCUGUAUGGUCCCUUUUUUCUUUUACAAGUCUCCCUGGCCACACUCCAUCCCCCAGUGGCCACCAGACACGCUCACUGUGCUCCCCGGGGAGCACUCACAGUGCAGCCCCCAGCCCCCAGAGAUUCUCCAAAGGCAAUAAGGGGCAGCUCAGGGUGGAUCCACGCUGCUCACCCAGGAAACACAAAUCCCUCCCCUCCCUUUUUUCCUUCUUUAAAAACAAACAGAAAAGAAUAUAUAUAUAUAUAUUUAUUUUUUCAUGUAGAGUUGUACCGGAACACGUUUGAAUGGCCACAGUCUGUGGAUUCCCCAAACCCCGUGGGCUGGAGGUCAGAGCGAGGACCCAGAGAGAUAUGGGGGCAGCAGGCAGCAAGCAGUUGGCAGCAUAGAUUGGACCCAGAGCCAUAGCUAGAUGCCCCAGCCCUCAGACCAGGACCCAUCACCUUCUCUUUGGGCCCACGACCACACACAACAGGCACUCUGCUCCAGAUGGGCCAGGCUGAAGGGCAGGGCUUGAGGAAAAGGUACCCACAGCUCCCUGUGACCUGCCUCUGACCCCGGGGAACCCCUGGGUUGUGAGGGAGCAACCUGCCACGCCCUCCACUCACCAUGGAAUGACGAUGGCAGACCAGGCCACCCAGUGUCCUGAACCCUGGCCAACUACUGUGAUGUCCCUCUCCUGAUCCCUUUUCUGAAGGGUUCUCCAGCCCCUGCUCCUCCCUCUCCUCUCAGAACCCAACCUGGAGUCUGCCCCUCCCCCUCCCCUCCUCUCCCCCCCUCCCUCCUCCCUUC